AGUCGGCUACACGAGGUUCUGGGAGUGAGAGGCUCCGAAUCUGAAUUAACUGCGAGGUGGUCAGCGUGAUGCCCAAGGCCAAGGGGAAGACCCGGAGGCAGAAGUUCGGUUACAGUGUUAACCGGAAGCGUCUGAACCGGAAUGCUCGGCGGAAGGCAGCCCCGCGGAUCGAGUGCUCCCACAUCCGACAUGCCUGGGACCACACCAAAUCCGUGCGGCAGAACCUGGCCGAGAUGGGGUUGGCUAUGGACCCCAACAAGGUGGUGCCCCUCCGUAAGAGAAAGGUCAAGGCCAUGGACGUGGAUGUGGAGGUGAGGCCUCAGGAGCUCGUGCGGAAGCCCUAUGUGCUAAGUGACCUGGAAGCAGAAGCCAGCCUCCCAGAAAAGAAAGGAAAUACGCUGUCUCGGGACCUCAUAGACUACGUACGCUACAUGGUGGAGAACCAUGGGGAGGACUACAAGGCUAUGGCCCGGGAUGAGAAGAAUUACUAUCAAGAUACCCCAAAACAGAUUCGGAAUAAGAUCAACGUCUACAAGCGCUUUUACCCAGCAGAGUGGCAAGCCUUCGUGCUUUCUCUGAAGAAUACAAUGGAAGUUGAGUGACUGGUUUUCACUUGCCCUGGGUUGAAGCCUCCUCCUGGACCCAAGAAGCUGGAGCCAGGGUUUAAGGCAAGGAGGGACACGUGGCUACAGAUGAGGCUGGCCAAACCCCAUUCUCGGGGCCAGGCUGCCUGAUUUGGGUGACAUGAGGAAGUGAUGAGUAUUCCACAGGCAGGGUGUGGGGUGGGCACUGGCAUUUUCUUAGCCUUGAUAAUUUAUCUUCAGCUGUUAAUACAAAAAUUCUCCCGUUCCUGAGAUUUCUCCUAUAAGCACCUAAAAUGUCUCU